UUUUGAGUCUGACCAGCAGCAGCCUGGCCCUGAGCAGCUUGGCUGGUGCCUCUGAAGGUCCCAGCUGCCAGCAGCAUUUCCCAUGGGGACAGUGUUCUCCCCACAUGACUCUGCUGGCUCUAACCUGGUGAUGAAGCGUUUCAUCUCCUGCCCUGGUCAGAUUGUAAUUUAUUUAUGCCUGCAUCUUAGAUGUGAGGCCCUCUGUGAUGGUCCUGCUACCCCAGCUUCUCCCACCCCUUGCCUGCAGCACCCUUCAUCGUUAUGGGUUAUCUGUAACGCAGGGAAGAUGUUGGAGGGGCUCUGGGGGCGGGAGCCUCCCAUUGUCCUCUGCCUCUGUGUUUUGUUGUGCUGAUUUUCUUCUUCUCCUCUUGCAGCUGGGAGCCCGAGGAGCCGCGCUGGGAGGACCCUCUCCACAGGAUGUUCUCUCCACCAAAGACCUCCCUGUAACAGGCGACGAUGACAAUCCCGGCGGGACCUUGGGAAGCACUAACAUUUCAGUAGCCCAGCACCCUUGUGUGGCCGCCUCCCCCCCCUCCUCCACACCCCGCCCUCUCACUGCUCCCCGGGAUGGUGUAUUAACCAGGAAGAGCCCUGCUUCUGUCCUCCUCACCCCUCAACUUUCGGCAGCUCUGGGAUUUGUAUGGCAGCAGCGUAACCGUGGAGAGGCCGGGGUAUCACAAACUUAUGGAUUUUGAUAAGAGAGGAGGGAAAGGGGAGCUGGAGGAAGGUAAAAGGAUGUCCAAGGCAGGUGGAGGAAGGAGCAGUCAUGGAAGCCGGAGUGCUGGAACCAACUCGGGAGUCUUAAUGGUGGGUCCCAACUUCCGGGUCGGCAAGAAGAUUGGAUGCGGCAAUUUCGGAGAGCUCCGUCUAGGAAAGAACCUCUACACGAACGAAUACGUAGCUAUCAAAUUGGAACCCAUAAAAUCCCGGGCCCCCCAGCUGCACCUGGAGUACCGGUUCUACAAACAGCUCGGCAAUGCAGAAGGAAUUCCUCAGGUUUACUACUUUGGCCCCUGUGGGAAGUACAAUGCCAUGGUGUUGGAGCUGCUAGGGCCCAGCCUAGAAGAUCUCUUUGAUCUGUGUGAUCGGACCUUCACGCUCAAGACUGUCCUGAUGAUCGCGAUCCAGCUGAUCACACGGAUGGAGUAUGUCCACACCAAAAGCCUGAUCUACAGAGACGUCAAGCCAGAGAACUUCCUGGUGGGGCGGCCGGGCAGCAAGCGGCAGCACACCAUCCACAUCAUCGAUUUUGGCCUGGCCAAAGAGUAUAUUGACCCCGAGACCAAAAAACACAUCCCCUACCGAGAGCACAAGAGCCUGACAGGGACAGCACGCUACAUGAGCAUCAACACCCACCUUGGGAAAGAACAAAGCCGCAGGGAUGACCUGGAAGCAUUAGGGCACAUGUUUAUGUACUUCCUCCGUGGAAGCCUUCCUUGGCAAGGCCUCAAGGCUGACACGCUAAAGGAGAGGUAUCAGAAGAUCGGCGACACCAAAAGAGCCACUCCAGUGGAGGUGCUCUGUGAGAACUUCCCAGAGGAGAUGGCCACGUACCUGCGCUACGUGCGGCGGUUGGAUUUCUUUGAGAAGCCUGACUACGACUACCUGCGGAAGCUCUUCACAGACCUGUUCGAGAGGAACGGUUACGUGUUCGACUACGAAUACGACUGGGCAGGGAAACCACUGCCCACCCCCAUCGGCACGAUGCACAGCGAGGUGCAGGUGCAGCCCCCGAACAGAGACAAAGCACAGCCACACACCAAACACCAGGUGAUGAGCUCCACCAACGGAGAGCUGAACACGGAUGACCCCACGGCAGGACAUUCGAACGCGCCCAUCACAGCCCCCACCGAGGUGGAGGUGACAGACGAUACAAAGUGCUGCUGUUUCUUCAAGAGAAGGAAGAGGAAAACCACCAAGCGUCGCAAGUGAGCCGCCGGGGCCGCGGUGGCUCCUCUCCCUCUGGCCGUGGCUGGAUCUUGUCCUGCGGAGCCGGUGGCGGCCCCUGGGUUUGGCCGGGACCGGGGGGGGGUGCCGAGCCGGCCGGGCUCCCCCAGCGCCCCAGGCGGGGAGCAGGGCCUCCCCGCUGUGCCCUGCCCUGCCCUGCCCUGGCCGGGGGCGGCCCCGGCGCAGCCGCUGCAGUUCCCGCGUCCGGCAAAAA